AUGCCCUUCCAACUCGAGAUCCCAAUCUUUACAGCCGACAUAGAAGAGCAUGAAUACCGUUCCUUUGGACAAUCGGCAUGGACUGAGCUCAUGGACAUUUGCGAAGAGGUUAGCAUUGGUCGUCUCAAAGUUCAACGUAUGCGGUUGGAGUUAAACGCUAUUGGGUCUUAUGAAGCCGGUGGUUUAACCCCCGACGUUGAAAACACGAUUAACUUCCUCCGUUACCUACGAAAAUCGAGGAGACUCAACGAAGACCAGCAACCAGCCAUUCGCAUCAUGAUCCGGCCCCGGGCCGAGGCGUGGGACAAGGGAUCCGGCUUCCAGGUAUCUGAACUUCAGGAUUUUCAGUACUCGCAAGACGAGCUGCUCAGAAUGUUGCAGUCGAUUGAAGAUUUCAAGGGAAUAGGCCAGGGUCUCUUGAGCCCGGAGCGCGGCGAUGGAUUCGUUUUUGGAGUACAGAGGCGCUGUAAAGAGCGCUUGCACGGGCUGGCAUUGGAUGCUGCGGCCAACAAAAGGUUGAUAGAGGCUGCCCGACCCUUUCCGUGCUUUUUGCACCGUGCCUUUGAUGGCGUGCUCUCAACGAGACAGGACCCGGAUAUUUACAACCCUCCCGAAAAUGAGGUACGGCCGUCCUCGAUUGAGGACCUGGUAGCUGCGGUCAAAGGGCUCGGCUUUAGGGGAGUGUUGACGUCUGGAGGAUGGGGACACGCGACUUCCAACCUGGAAACUCUGAGUGAACUUGGACGAGCGGCGCUAGUAAAGGGAAAGGAGGAAGAAGACAGGUUUGAGCUGAUCGUUGGCGGUGGUCUUCGAAGUGACAACUUGUGGAAGAUAUGCACUGCAACGAAGGAUGUGGUGCAGCAUCGGGAUUUUUGGCUUCACUCUUCGUGCUGGACAUAUGGGAAAUUCAGUAAGAUCCAAGCACGGAAUAUCUUGGCAGAAAUGAGGAAGAUGGAAGCGGCGUUUGCUAUAGGCAUGCCCUAG